AUGUCUGAGAACGCUCAGUCCGUCAAGGUGCUCGACGAGCUCUUCCAGAAGCUCACCGUCUCCAAGGAGGCGGCUGAGAUCAAGGAGUCUUCCGCCGAGCUUGCCUCUUUCAUCAACGGCCGUAUUGAGGACCAGGCUGUCCCUACCAAGGUCAUUGACGAUAUUACCAAGAGCCUCACCAGCAAGAAGGAUGCUGGCGCCCGUGAAAAGGCUGCCGUCGCCAUUGAAGCCAUUGCUUCUCACUCCGAGGUCUCUGCUCACGUUGAGCCCUACCUCAUCGUCCUCCUCCCUACCCUCCUCGCCGCUGUUGGCGACAAGACCCCCGCCGUCAAGAAUGCCGCGAGCGCUGCUGUUCUUGCCAUCGCUGGUGCCAUCAACGCCAAUGCCGUCAAGUCUGCUCUCGCUCCCAUCAUGGAUUCCAUCCGCAACGCCCAAAAGUGGGCUGAGAAGAUGACUGCCCUCGACUUCAUUGAUGCUCUCGUCAAGUGUUCCCCCGCCCAGCUCGCUUUCCGCGUACCUGAGCUCAUCCCUGUCAUCUCUGAGGCCAUGUGGGACACCAAGAAGGAGGUCAAGGAGCGUGCCUACAAGACCAUGGAGCAGCUCUGCCAGCUCAUUGUCAACAAGGAUAUCGAGCGCUUCAUUCCUGAGCUCAUCAAGUGUAUCGCCAAGCCUGAGAACGUCCCCGAGACUGUCCACUUGCUCGGUGCCACCACCUUCGUCACCGAGGUCCAGGAACCCACUCUUGCCCUCAUGGUUCCCCUCCUCGACCGUGGUCUUGCUGAGCGUGAAACCGCCAUCAAGCGUAAAUCCGCCGUCAUUGUCGACAACAUGUGCAAGCUGGUCGACGACCCCAACAUUGUCGCUCCUUUCUUGCCCAAGAUGAUGCCCGGCCUCCAGAAGAACUAUGACAACCUCGCUGACCCCGAGGCCCGUGAGAAGACCAAGCAGGCCCUCGACACCCUGACCCGUGUUGGCAACAUCAAGAACGGUGUCAUCCCCGAGGCCAAGAACGACGGUGCCCUCAAUGUCGUCCUUCCCAAGGUCAAGGAAAUCUUCACCCCCAAGUACGGUAACUACCUCGAGAAGAUGGUACCUGUUGCCGAGCACAUUGCUGCCAUUGCCGGUCAGCUCAUCGACGAGAAGGAGUUCGAGCUCAGCAUCUGGGUUGAGAACCUCAAGUCCUACGUCGCUGUCAUCACUGGCAUUGACAACGCUGAGUCCAUCGUUGACACCAUCCGCAAGAAGACCGCCCCCGCCGCUGCCGUCGAGGAUGAGGCUGAGCCUGAUGAGGAGGAGGGUGAGGACCUCUGCAACUGCACGUUCUCCCUUGCCUACGGUGCCAAGAUUCUGCUUAACCAGACUCACCUCCGUCUCAAGCGUGGUCAGCGCUACGGUCUUUGCGGCCCCAACGGUUCCGGCAAGUCCACCCUCAUGCGCGCCAUCAACAACGAGCAGGUUGAGGGUUUCCCUAAGCAGAGCGAGGUCAAGACCGUCUUCGUUGAGCACGACCUGGACUCCGCCGAUACUGAGAUGACCACCAUUGACUGGACCAUGAAGAAGCUCGAGGAGGCCGGUGUCAAGACUGGCCAGGCUGAUGUCGAGACCCGCCUCAACGAGUUCGGCUUCACCGAGCAGAUGGUCAAGGGCGAGAUCUCCGCCCUCUCUGGUGGUUGGAAGAUGAAGCUCGCCCUGUGCCGUGCCGUUUUCGAGCAGCCCGAUAUCCUUCUCCUUGACGAGCCUACCAACCAUCUGGACGUCAAGAAUGUCAAGUGGCUCGAGGAGUACCUCAUCAACUCCCCUUGCACUUCCAUCAUUGUCUCUCACGACUCUGGCUUCCUUGACAACGUCUGCCAGCACAUUGUCCACUACGAGCGCUUCAAGCUUAAGCGCUACAAGGGCAACCUGAUGGAGUUUGUCAAGCGUGUCCCCUCCGCCAAGUCCUACUACGAGCUUGGUGCCUCCGAGAUCGAGUUCUCCUUCCCCGAGCCCGGUUUCCUCGAGGGUGUCAAGACCAAGGCCAAGGCCAUUCUCCGUGCCACCAAGAUGUCCUUCCAGUACCCCGGCACCUCCAAGCCCCAGAUCACCGACAUCACCUUCCAGUGCUCUCUCGGCUCUCGUAUUGCCGUCAUUGGUCCCAACGGUGCUGGCAAAUCUACUCUGAUCAACGUUCUGACUGGUGAGCUCAUCCCCACCCAGGGUGAGAUCUACCAGCACGAGAACAUCCGUAUUGCCUACAUCAAGCAGCACGCUUUCGCCCACAUUGAUAACCACCUGGACAAGACUCCCUCCGAGUACAUCCAGUGGCGUUUCCAGACUGGUGAGGAUCGUGAGACCAUGGACCGUGCCAACAAGGUCAUCACCGAGGAUGAUGAGAAGGCCAUGGACAAAAUCUUCAAGGUCGAAGGUACUCAGCGUCGCGUCAUUGGCAUCAACGGCCGCAGAAAGUUCAAGAACUCCUACGAGUACGAGUGCUCUUUCGCCCUUGGUGAAAACAUCGGCAUGAAGAACGAGCGCUGGGUUCCUAUGAUGUCCGCUGACAACGCCUGGUUGCCCCGUAACGAGCUUCUGGCCUCUCACCAGAAGAUGGUUGCCGACGUCGACAUGAAGGAGGCUCUUGCCUCUGGUCAGUUCCGUCCCCUUGUCCGCAAGGAGAUUGAGUCCCACUGCGCCAACUUCGGUCUCGAUGCCGAGCUUGUUUCCCACUCCCGCAUGCGUGGUCUGUCUGGUGGCCAGCGUGUCAAGACCGUCCUCGCCGCUUGCUCGUGGCAGCGUCCUCACUUGAUCGUCCUUGAUGAGCCUACCAACUACCUCGACCGUGACUCUCUGGGUGCUCUGUCCAAGGCUCUGAAGAAGUUCGAGGGUGGUGUCAUCAUCAUUACCCACUCGGCUGAGUUCACCAAGGACUUGACUGAGGAGGUCUGGGCCGUCAUGGACGGCAAGAUGACUCCCUCCGGCCACAACUGGGUUCAGGGCCAAGGUGCCGGCCCCCGUCUCAAAGCUGACGACGACGAUGAGGAAGAGAAGUUUGACGCCAUGGGCAACAAGAUUGUCACCACCAAGAAGAAGGUCAAGCUGUCUUCCUCUGAGGCUCGCAAGAAGAAGAAGGAGCGUAUGGCUCGCCGCAAGCGUGGUGAGGAGGUCUUCUCCGAUGAGGACGACUAA